GAGACACACCCACCACCUUUCCGAAACACCAAAAACCUCCAUAACCAAAACCUAAACUCACUGAGUUACAGAGAGAGAAACAACAGAGGUUGUUUAGAGAGAGGGAGCUAGAAGCAUGUCGAAAGAAGUGAAUGAAGCCGGAGAAACGGCGAGGAGGGAUUAUGUUGACCCACCGCCAGCUCCUCUCCUUGACAUGGGGGAACUGAAGCUCUGGUCAUUUUACAGAGCCUUAAUCGCCGAGUUUGUCGCCACCCUCCUCUUCCUGUACGUCACCGUGGCCACCGUCAUCGGCUACAAGAAAGAAACCGACCCAUGCGGCGGAGUUGGCCUCCUCGGAAUCGCUUGGGCAUUCGGCGGUAUGAUCUUCAUCCUUGUUUACUGCACCGCCGGUAUCUCUGGUGGACACAUCAACCCUGCGGUUACAUUCGGGCUAUUCUUGGCAAGAAAGGUGUCGUUAAUAAGGGCAGUAGCGUACAUGAUUGCACAGAGUUUAGGUGCAAUCUGUGGUGUGGGUUUGGUGAAGCUGUUCAUGAAAUCGUACUACAACUCGUUAGGUGGUGGUGCAAACUCAAUUGCACCAGGGUACAACAAGGGUACUGCACUUGGUGCUGAGAUUAUUGGCACCUUCGUUCUUGUCUACACCGUUUUCUCUGCUACUGACCCUAAAAGGAGUGCGCGUGACUCUCACGUUCCGGUUUUGGCGCCACUACCAAUUGGGUUUGCGGUGUUCAUGGUGCAUUUGGCCACCAUUCCCAUUACUGGAACUGGUAUCAACCCUGCUAGAAGCUUGGGUGCUGCUGUGAUUUACAACAAUGAAAAAGUCUGGGAUGACCAAUGGAUCUUUUGGGUGGGACCAUUCAUUGGAGCAUUGGCUGCAGCUGCAUACCAUCAGUAUAUAUUGAGGGCUGCAGCCAUCAAGGCUUUAGGUUCGUUCAGGAGCAAUGCUACAAACUAGAAGUGAGGGGAAGGGCACAUGUGUAAUUGCACCUGAGCGAUUUCUUCAUUUUUCAACUUUAAUUUAUGAUUGAUAUGUUGUGUAUUAAUUAAUGGAUAUGAGGAAUGUUUGAUUUUUUUUUUCUUAUCAAAUUUCUUUUUAAUAUUUUAGAUUUGGCUGUGUAUUUAUUUGGUCUUGAUUAGUGAAAGUGGUGGUGUUGUUCUUCGUUUCUGAUUCUCACUUA